CAGAAUAAACGAUUUCUGCAGGAGGUGAAAGUACUUUCAAAGGAUUAUUGUGAAGGAAAUUACGGUUUCAAGUCUCUACAUGUCCCAAGUGAUGAUAGAAAACUCCCGGCAAGUCUCUACAUGCAUUGA